AUGACCAGCCCACGAAUAGUCGUUCUCGUUGCCUGCAUCCUAGUGGUUCAGCAAGGGAUACUCGCUCUUCCCAGAAUGUCCACCAGACAGUUCGCCAGCGUUAACUAUCCUACGAGGGUUGUUCGAGAAAACGUGUGCAAGAACUAUAUGGAAACGUGUGUCCCCUGGGAGACUAGUUGCUGCAACAACAUGGAGUGCAUGAACCUGGCCAGAGGCUACUGCCUCUUCCCGCUGGAGAAAUGUGUAUGCCAGAAAGUCUCUUCCGAUAUUUACUAA